UAUCCGGAACAAAAGCAGAGUACUUUUUAUGUCGGAAUCAAAUCUUGUUAUUUCGAAAUUGAAGCUUGAAGUUAUCUAAUUUUCUGUCAAAUACAUCGAUCCAUAUUGAAAUUAGGAAGAGUUGAAGAGGAUGUCGGAGACGGUGAAAUCUAGGAGAGGAUUCGGAUCCCGAUCUGCUUGCAAAAAGUCCAACAGUUCAUGCAAAGAUGGGAGCUUUACAGAGAAGCACCUCCUUGGUGAAGCAACGAAGAAGGAUUUACCUGCAAAAUCAAAAAAGCUCAACACUUUAUCCAAAGAUGGGAGCAAGGAGACGACGAGUAUGGUCGAUCUUCCAAGAGAUUUGGCAGAGGAGGUGUUGUCCAGGCUUCCGGUGACAUGUCUGAGAGGAGCAAGAUCAUCCUGCAAAAAGUGGAACACUUUAACCAAAGCUGAGAGCUUUUUCAGAAAGCACAUGGGCGAACAAGCAUCGGCGGCGGAGGAGUUAACGGUGGUCAUGGUGAUAGAGUUUCGGGUUUAUUUGAUGGCACUCAAUCUCCCAUCGAUAACCUGUCAAGGUAGCCUUGACAAUUCAGAUCGAGUUGAUAUAUCACUAGUCUAUCACUGCGACGGUCUAUUGUUAUGCAUCGCAAAAGACUUGGCUAGUUUCCUUGUCUGGAAUCCUUACACGAGUCAAACCUUGUGGCUCGAGCCCCCCCGAAGUCCUCCUCACCCUAGACUGGACUGCUAUUCCUAUGCUAUAGGAUACGAGAAUAGCAGCAGCAAAUGCUACAAAAUUUUGAGAUUUAUUGAUCGUCUCCGCAAUGACUUUGUAGAGCAUGAAAUCUACGACUUAAGCAGCCCCUCUAAUUCGUGGAGGGUUCUUGAUGUCACUCCCGACUGGCAUAUAGAGUCUUAUGCACGUGGCGUGUCUCUCAAGGGAAAUACUUAUUGGUUUGCUCGAGAAAGGUAUCCAGCUAAACCAGCAGUUGGAGAACCCUACGAGGUUGCUGAUUUCUUGAUCUGUUUCAAUUUUACCACCCAGAGAUUUGGUCCGCGUCUUGGUCUGCCCUUUCACACUGGCUUUGAAUGUACGGCCACUCUUUCUAGUGUAAGAGAAGAGCAGCUUGCCGUCUUAUUUCAGAUUGAUAAUUCCUUGCAUAUGGAGAUCUGGGUCACGACUAAGAUUGAGCCUGAAGAGGUUUCGUGGAACAUGUUCUUUGCAGUGAAUAUGGAACCAUUCUUAGAUUUUCAGUUUGGAAUGUCACAAGGAAGUUUCUUCAUUGACCAAGAGAAGAAAGUCGUCGUGGUUUUUGAUAAAGACACAGAUAUGUGUUUCACUCGCAACAUAGCUUAUGUCAUUGGAGAGGGUGGAUAUUUCAGACAAGUAGAUCUCGGAGAAUCUAUAGAAUUUCAUCGUCCUUUUGGGUGCUCAUAUGUUCCAAGCUUAGCCCAAAUCAAGCAAUGAGACAGACGACCAAAGCUGAAAAAAAGAAUAUGAACAAUUAGAUUGUUAAUCAGUUAAUCUGCACUAUCCAAUAUCUAUGUUUCUUUGGACCAAAAUAAGUCAGUUAGACAAUAUCUUUGUUCUCGAGCUUCCACAUCCCUUGCACUAAGAUCGUGUGACUCUUGAUCAACUCAAACUCUGUGGUCUUUUCUUCUUUUAUAUUUUGACAUUUUUACUAGUGAUAAGUCUAAUCCACUCUCUCUUUAUUAUUUUCC